GUACUCGAAGAACUUUGUGAUAGUCCCGAAUUCGAGGCUGUCUUGCGGGUACGAACGGAGCGCGUGCAAGCUUUUCUAGGAAGCAAGCUUCCGCUCACUUUUCACGAGCUUCUAAGUAUUUUGUGUGGCCUCUCGAACAUGAACAUAAAGACAUCUCCACUCCCGACUGGCUCGUUGUUUGGCGAUGUAUUCACGCAGCAAGACGCCCUAAGACAACUUGGAGCCCGUUUCUUCGACUUCCAUUGUGCCAACACGCUUGUCUUCGGCGAUCUCCAUUAUUUAUCAUGCACUGCGGAAGAGCUCGAGCAAAGCAUAUCAAUAUUUCAGGACAAGGAAAGUCUAAUAAUGAAACUUAUGAACGCCAGCGAUUUGAGCGAGUGUGUCAUUCCAUACCGCGGGGUUCACUCGGCUGGACUCAUCAAGAAUAGAGCCACGGGCUUCAGGCAAAGAAUAAAAUCUCGAACGUGUGUGGCCAGUUUCUACUCCAUGCUCGGAAUAUUGGUCCGGAAGUUCGGCUCCGAAGCCGUUGUGAGAGAUUUUUGGAACCCUAAAAUGCUACAUCCCAUACACGGACUAUUGCGUAUUGCU